CCUCUCGUCCGUCAGAACAGUUCCGUACGCGCCGCGAUCGAGUCGCCCGUCGGUGCGUCCUCGUCACAUCCGCAGUCGGUCGGUCACGGGGGACGACGACGCGAGCCGGCGAUGAUGAUGAUGAUGAUGAUGAUGAUGACGGCUCGUCGUCCGCGCUGGUGUUACCGGGUGGCGCCGCGAUGAAGGCCUGAUCCGCCGCCGAUGAUCGUCCAUUCGCGAGCACGGCGAAAACGGGGAAAACGCCCUCUGCGACCGCGGCGCGUUCUCCCUACCUGACCUGACCUUCUGCCAGAGGGACGAAACGGAAAGAGAGGAUAGAGGGAAGGAGGGAGGGAAGGAAGAAGGAACGAGGGAAACUCGCUCGCUCGCGAAUCCAGGGACGAGAAACGGACCUCGACGUUAGUGCCUACGAAAUUGAAUUGUGUGACAGAUCGCUCAAUCGUCCCGGAAAGGCGCCAUCGUUCAGAUCGGCGACCAGAUAUGGAGUAUGCGGAGAACCGGAGCAGUGCCGUCGAGAUGUCGCGGAAGAUCUCCGAGACAUGAAGAGAGCGCGACCGAGGAUCACAUGGGUUUCUUUGAGUCGGGGCCGGCGGUAGCAGAGCCGUGAUCAAAAUGAACUUGAUAAACAUGGACGCGGAGAACCGCGUGGUUCUGAACGUGGGCGGAAUCCGGCACGAGACGUACAAGGCGACCCUGAAGAAGAUCCCGGCGACGAGGCUCUCGCGGCUUACCGAGGCCCUCGCCAACUACGACCCGAUCCUGAACGAGUACUUCUUCGACCGGCACCCGGGCGUAUUCGCCCAGGUACUCAACUACUAUCGCACCGGGAAGCUGCACUAUCCGACGGACGUCUGCGGCCCGCUCUUCGAGGAGGAGCUCGACUUCUGGGGGCUCGACUCCAAUCAGGUCGAGCCCUGCUGUUGGAUGACCUAUACGCAGCACCGGGACACGCAGGAAACGCUGACGGUCCUCGACAGGUUGGACCUCGAUACCGAGAAACCCACCGAGGAGGAACUGGCCAGGAAAUUCGGCUUCGAGGAGGCGUAUUACGAGGGGACCCUCACGUGGUGGCAGAAGCUCAAGCCUCAGAUGUGGUCACUGUUCGACGAACCUUACUCCUCCGUCGCAGCCAAGAUAAUCAGCAUAGUCUCCGUUUUCUUCAUUUGCGUUUCGAUACUCUCGUUUUGCCUCAAGACCCAUCCGGACAUGCGGGUGCCGAUAAUCGUGAACCGUACGGGAAAGCUAAACAACAUCACGUCCUCGGUGGUGGACAAGUCCCGCACCAACGCCCACGAUGUCUUCUUCUACAUCGAAUGCGUGUGCAACGCUUGGUUCACCCUCGAGUUCUUGACACGCAUCACCGCGAGCCCGAAUCGUUGCGACUUCAUCAAGAGCUCGGUGAAUCUGAUCGACAUGGUCGCGACCCUGAGCUUCUACGUCGACCUGGCGCUGCAGCGAUUCGCGGCCCACCUGGAGAACGCGGACAUCCUCGAGUUCUUGAGCAUAAUACGGAUAAUGAGACUGUUCAAGCUCACCCGCCACUCGUCGGGCCUCAAGAUCCUGAUACAGACCUUUCGCGCUUCGGCCAAGGAGCUCACCCUGCUGGUGUUCUUCCUCGUUCUCGGCAUCGUCAUCUUCGCCAGUCUCGUCUAUUACGCGGAGCGCACCCAGUACAAUCCGAAGAACGACUUCAAGAGCAUACCCCUCGGAUUAUGGUGGGCCCUAGUGACGAUGACGACCGUCGGUUACGGGGACAUGGUGCCGAAAACCUACAUCGGGAUGUUCGUCGGCGCGCUCUGCGCGCUGGCCGGUGUCCUCACGAUCGCCCUGCCGGUGCCCGUGAUCGUUAGCAACUUUGCGAUGUAUUACAGUCACACGCAGGCGCGAGCCAAGUUACCGAAGAAGAGACGCCGCGUACUGCCAGUCGAGCAGUUACGUGCGGUGAGGGCACCAGGCGCGCCGCCCGGUGUGCCCAGCGGGCCCGGAUCCGUCGCCCCUGGUUGCGGCCAGCAGCUGUCGCACCUGCAGUCCGCCGGGGGCGCGGUCCCAACCGGGCCCCACGGGAUGGGCCAGACACCCGGCGUCGGGUGCCCCGGUGGCGGACAAGGACCGCAGAAUCGCCGAAUGAACGCCAUUAAGACGAAUCAUCCCAAGGAUCCGUUCGCCACGAAAACAGAGGAAGACCGGAGGAAUUGUAACCUACGAACCAACGGGACCAAGAGAGCCGGAGGUUUGGAUUAAAACCCAUUUUGCGGUCGAUAGAGCUCUCACACAGAGACGUCGGCUAUCACUCACUGGUCGGAAUUAAUUCGGAGCGAACGGCGCGGCGUGUACCAUCCCCUAAUCAAAGAUUGUCCUGUAAGAUCCGUAAAAAUUCAUUAUUCAGGAACGCGCUUUGGAAAGUGAGAGAGAGAGAGAGAGAGUGAGUGAGAGAGAGAGAGAGAGAGAGAUCAGGAAGGGAAAAUUAGGGAGGGUUGGGAAAAUUAAUAUAAUACCCCCCACAUCACAAAAAAAGAGAAAAAAAGAAAAAAAACGGCUAGGCAAAAUAAACUGCCGUGAUGGCUGAGAUCCGACCGGAUAAAUAAAAGAAAUCGAUAAAAAAAGGUCCCGCGGCGUCUGUUGCCGAAAUCGUAAGAAGAGUGUAUAUUUGUCUAUUAUUUAUUUGGAACACACGUGUAGAAUUAAUCGAGAAGAAGAGAGGAGUUACUUUGUGUACUAUUGUGCAGGAACGUUCGCAGGAUUUUUUCCAGGAGGAGGCAUAAUUAAAACUUUUUUCUU